AUGCACUAUGACUUCUUCUUGACAAACAUAAAGAAUCUUACUGAAAUAAAGAUGUAUGAUUUAACAGAAUAUGAAGGCUUAACGAUGUCAGAUGUAAAGAAAGGCAAACCAAAAAAGAGACCAUAUAGAGAUGAAAGCACACUGACAAAUGACCAGAAAGCCAUUUUGGAAGCUCUUAAGCAAACAGGAAACCCAGCACUUAUAGAAAGCUUUUGGAAAGAUAAUGGUGAAAAGAAGUUUUAUAAGAAGAGAAGCGGUCAGUUCUGGAAGUAUCUUUGCACAUUACCUAUAAAUCUUGAGCGCUACCAAAUCUUCAAUGAAUUGAACCAAAGAACUGCAGCACUUAUGACAGAAGACAAUUGUUUCGUUUAUGCUUGCAUUCAGGCUGGAGUAGAUGGAGAGACUAUUGACGAAAAAACCAGAAUUUUCGAAAAAGUGACACCAACUAUUAAAGUUAUUUUAUUACUAGAUUUAUUUACAAAUUAUAAGAUAAUAUCAUUAACCGAAUAUAUUUUUAAUAUAAAUAAAAAACUUUUUUUAUACAAAAAAUUACAAUCAAUCGAUAAAUAUUAUAAAACAUUUAUUCCAAAAAGAUUAAGUAAUAGGUGGGAUCCUGCAUAUAAUAUAAUUUUAUGUCAUAAAGCUUACAAAUUUUAG